CUCAGCAGGCUCCGACUUGGGGAGCGAGGGCGACCCUGGGCGCGGGUGUAAAUCAGUCACCUGAGCGCAGAGGGGCCGCGGCGAGGGCGCGCGCGGGCGGGCGGGGAGAGGCGGAGGCGGCGAGAGCGGCGGCCCGGAGGAAAUCGGGAGGGGGAGGGAAAGAAAGGCCGAGACAGAAGGAGCGAGAGGCAGCGGAGGGGCUGGUCCAGGCGCGGCCGCUAAGAGGAGACCAAGAGGCGGGGGCUGCACUUGACAACCAGCAUGCCGAGAUGGCUCUGAGGUCAAGUGAAGCCAGAGUAUAUCGUCAUGAUAGGAUGUUAGAAGUGGAAGUCGUCUGCAGUAUCCUCUAGCCAGUCAGAAGAGGCAGAAGUGGAUGUGAGAGAAAGAGAGACACAGAGAGACAGAGAGCCAAAGAGGGCAAGAGACUUGACUUUAAGAGACUCCUGUACUGACAACUCCAUGCAGUUCGGAACCAGAACGACUGCGGCUGAACCAGGGUUCAUGGGGACAUGGCAAAACGCUGAUACUAACCUCUUAUUCAGAAUGUCCCAACAGGUCCCAGUGGCAUGUGCUGGCAGAGUGCUGGGUGCAGACUUUUGCCCAAAUCUGGAGGAGCCAGACCAGAGGCUGGAAGUCCAGGCCAUCCGCUGCACACUGGUAAACUGCACGUGUGAAUGUUUCCAGCCGGGGAAGAUUAACCUGAGGACUUGCGAUCAGUGUAAACAUGGCUGGGUGGCACAUGCCUUGGAUAAGCUCAGCACGCAGCAUCUGUACCACCCCACGCAAGUGGAGAUCGUGCAGUCCAACGUGGUGUUCGACAUCAGCAGCCUGAUGCUCUACGGGACCCAGGCGGUGCCCGUGCGGCUGAAGAUCCUGCUGGACCGGCUCUUCAGUGUCCUGAAGCAGGAGGAGGUGCUGCACAUCCUGCACGGCCUGGGCUGGACGCUGCGGGACUACGUCCGGGGGUACAUCCUUCAGGAUGCUGCCGGCAAGGUGCUGGACCGCUGGGCCAUCAUGUCUCGAGAAGAGGAAAUCAUCACCCUGCAGCAGUUUCUGCGGUUUGGAGAAACCAAAUCCAUUGUGGAGCUGAUGGCGAUUCAGGAGAAAGAAGGGCAGGCCGUAGCUGUACCGUCCUCAAAGACAGACUCAGACAUCAGGACUUUCAUUGAGAGCAAUAAUCGCACCAGGAGCCCCAGCCUCCUUGCUCAUCUGGAGAACAGCAACCCUUCCAGCAUUCACCACUUCGAAAACAUCCCCAACAGCCUCGCGUUUCUGCUUCCAUUCCAGUACAUAAACCCCGUUUCAGCCCCACUGCUAGGACUGCCUCCAAACGGGCUACUGUUAGAGCAACCAGGACUCAGGCUGCGGGAACCCAGCCUGUCAACCCAGAACGAAUAUAAUGAGAGCAGUGAGUCUGAGGUCUCUCCCACGCCUUACAAGAACGACCAGACACCGAACAGAAACGCCCUGACCAGCAUUACGAACGUGGAGCCCAAAACCGAGCCAGCUUGCGUGUCCCCCAUUCAGAAUUCCACCCCAGUCAGUGAUCUGACCAAAACGGAGCACCCGAAGAGCUCAUUCCGGAUCCACCGGAUGAGGAGGAUGGGGUCAGCCUCUAGGAAGGGAAGAGUGUUCUGUAACGCAUGCGGGAAGACGUUCUACGACAAAGGUACCCUCAAAAUCCAUUACAACGCCGUUCACCUGAAGAUCAAACACCGGUGCACCAUCGAAGGUUGCAACAUGGUCUUCAGCUCCCUCCGGAGCCGUAACCGCCACAGCGCGAACCCCAACCCUCGCCUUCACAUGCCUAUGCUAAGGAAUAACCGAGACAAAGAUUUAAUUCGGGCCACGUCAGGGGCUGCCACCCCCGUCAUAGCAAGUACAAAGUCGAAUCUCACACUCACAAGCCCCGGCCGGCCCCCAAUGGGUUUUACCACUCCCCCACUCGACCCCGUCUUACAGAAUCCGCUCCCUAGCCAGCUGGUGUUUUCUGGGCUAAAGACUGUCCAGCCAGUUCCUCCAUUCUAUAGAAGUUUACUCACGCCGGGGGAAAUGGUGAGUCCCCCAACCUCCCUCCCGACCAGCCCCAUCAUCCCAACCAGUGGGCCCAUGGAGCAGCACCCCCCACCACCCUCUGAGCCAGCAGCGCCAGUCGUGAUGAUGGCCACUCAUGAGCCCAGUGCCGACCUGGCGCCCAAGAAGAAGCCCAGGAAGUCCAGCAUGCCUGUGAAGAUCGAGAAGGAAAUUAUCGAUACCGCCGACGAGUUUGACGAUGAAGACGAUGACCCCACCGACGGCGGCGCUGUGGUCAACGACGUGAGCCAUGACAAUCACUGCCACUCCCAGGAGGAGAUGAGUCCGGGCCUGUCUGUGAAGGACUUUUCUAAGCACAGCAGAACCCGGUGCAUUUCAAGGACUGAAAUAAGAAGGGCUGACAGCAUGACUUCUGAGGACCAAGAACCCGAGCGGGACUAUGAGAACGAGUCUGAGUCUUCAGAGCCCAAGCUCGGGGAGGAAUCCAUGGAAGGGGACGAGCACCUGCACGGUGAGGUGAGCGACAAAGUCCUGAUGAACAGCGAGAGGCCAGAUGAGAACCACAGUGAGCCCUCGCACCAGGAUGUCAUCAAGGUGAAGGAGGAGUUCACGGAUCCCACCUACGACAUGUUCUACAUGAGCCAGUACGGGCUGUACAACGGCGGGGGGCCCGGCAUGGCAGCCCUGCAUGAGAGUUUCACGUCAUCUCUGAACUAUGGCAGCCCUCAGAAGUUCUCCCCAGAAGGUGACCUGUGUUCUAGCCCAGACCCCAAAAUCUGUUAUGUGUGCAAGAAGAGUUUCAAAAGCUCCUACAGCGUGAAGCUUCACUACCGGAACGUUCACUUAAAAGAGAUGCACGUCUGCACGGUGGCCGGCUGCAACGCUGCCUUCCCCUCUCGCCGGAGCAGAGACAGAAACAGAAAUUUACGGAUGGAAAGAACCAUAGGUCCAGGACAUCGAGACAGCCUGCAUCUCCGUAGACACAGUGCCAACAUAAAUCUGCACCGUAAACUGUUGACCAAAGAACUCGAUGACAUGGGCCUGGACUCAUCGCAGCCCUCCCUUAGCAAGGACCUCCGGGAUGAAUUUUUGAUGAAGAUCUAUGGUGCCCAGCACCCCCUGGGGCUCGAUGUCAGGGAAGACGCCUCCUCUCCCGCCGGGACGGAAGACUCCCACCUGAACGGGUACGGGAGAGGCAUGGCGGAGGACUACAUGGUCCUUGACCUAAGCACCACCUCCAGCCUCCAGUCCAGCAGCAGCAUCCAUUCCUCCAGAGAAUCCGACGCAGGCAGCGACGAGGGGAUCCUUCUGGACGACAUUGACGGGGCGAGUGACAGUGGGGAGUCGGCGCACAAGGCUGAGGCCCCCGCCCUCCCCGGCAGCCUAGGGGCUGACGUGUCGGGAUCUCUGAUGUUCAACAGCUUGUCCGGGAGCAAUGGUGGGAUCAUGUGCAACAUCUGCCACAAAAUGUACAGCAACAAGGGGACCCUGCGAGUGCACUAUAAAACCGUGCAUUUGCGAGAAAUGCACAAGUGCAAAGUCCCCGGUUGCAACAUGAUGUUUUCCUCUGUGCGAAGCCGAAAUCGGCACAGUCAGAACCCUAAUCUCCACAAAAACAUUCCCUUCACUUCAGUAGAUUAGUCUCAAAACGGACACUCCAAAUGCCAGCUCUCACCAGAUGGCCUGCAUAUUCGAACUGCCAGAGUCAGUGUGUGCUUGUGUACUUGGGAGGGUGUGUGUGUAUGGAGGUGUGUGUGUGUGUAUACACGUGUGCCUCUGGGUCUGCGUAUACACACACGCACACGUUUUUUUCAGCUAUGACAAGAUAAACACUAGGUGCUUUUGAAAUUGUUUUUCUUUUUCCUUUCUAGUUUUGGGAAAGAGGUGGGUUCUUUAAUUUGCGGGUAAAAACAAGAGUACCCUGUAAACACACAUACACACACACACACACAUAAAGCGUGCAACUAGCCCAAAUUUUGACAGAAUAAUAAUUCUUGGUCCUCUCCAAAGAGACAAUUAGUACCCAUGACUGUUGCCUGCAAAAGAAAAAAAAAGGGAAAAAAAAAGAAAAAAGAAACAGAAAAGGAACUUCUAAAAGUUGUCUUUUGUGAACUUUAAGGUUUUGAGAGAAUCUUCGAUUAAAGCAUGGCAGAUUCACCUGUAAAUACUUAGCCUUGAGAGGCCAGCGAUGUAAAACAAGUGUAUCGAUGGUUGUUUAACUCUUUUGUUUAAUUUUUACAGAUACAUCCAGCUGUUAGAUAUACAGGAAAAUAGUUUGCUGGCUAGCUCGAUUCAUUUAUGUUAGCAUUAAUGCACAUUUUUUUUAAGGAAAAAAAGAAACUUGGUCUUGUUUUUACUACCUGCUAGAUAUAGUGAUAAAGAGGUGCUGGCAUGCCUUACAGCACAGAUCUGAUUUUUUAAAAUGUCCUGUACUAGUACAUAAAUCCAGUCAUGCACUUUUUUUCAUACACUACAAGGGGAUGUGUAAUAUCCAUGCUUCUUUUUUUAUCCUUAAACUAUUGCCAUACUUGGAGUAAGUGUCUUUUUAAAAAAAAUUCACUUGUAUAAAAAAUGGUCUGGUCAGUAUAGGGCACAAAUGCCAAACAAAAGUAUUAGUGUUAACACGAAACUGCCAACUUUGCACAAGUUUCCAGAAAAGAAAAUACAAUUAGUCACUCAACAUAACCACAGGCCAAUUUGUCGGCCACCAGAAAACCGCUUUAAAAAAAAAAACAAAACACUUGGUGAUUCUUUCAAGUGCCGAAUGUUAUUAGAAUCAACAUUGCAUCCUUCUUGCUUAUAUGUUAAGUUACAUAAAAGGAAAACAAAAUUAUGUGGUGUGAAACGGCCAAGGCAUUUAUUCUUUAGAGGCAGGACAAUAUUUCAGGAUACAAAAGCCCAAAUUACUCACUAUGGAACAAAGCUGAAUACAGGAAAAGAGUUGAAGGCUCACUUGCAAAGACCUAACUCUUACCCUUUAAAAAGAAAGGAAAAGCCUGAACCGGGUUGGUCUGUCGUGUGGCCACCUAAUUUGUUGCAAGUUCUGCAGUAGGACUAUGAUUCAGGCCUGUCUGAUAGACAAAAUCAAAAGACAUUUAACAGCAGCAGUACUGGGAAGCUUUGAAAGCAUGUGCUGAACUUGAACUGAGCAACACUCCUUUCUGCAAAGCCAGAAGAAGGGGGUUUAAAAUAGGAUCUCUCACUGUUUCGUGUUUUGUGUUUCCCCGCACAAUCUGUCAGAGAGAAAUGAAAGCAAGCCUGAAACCAAGCAGUCGAGAGUGAGAAAGGGGAGGGAGAGGAUCCUCCAAACCUUGUUUUGUUUUGUUUUGUUUCCGAUGUUUACACAUGUUGCCUGAGCUGGUUAACCACAUCGGCAGCCUCGGCUACCACAACAUACUGACUAAAUGAUGAUAUUUACUCAAGUUCAGUCUGCAGCCAAAACCAUUAGGGUGUGCAUUGCAGACAGUGUUUUGUUGUCUUUUUUUUUUUUUUAAGUGGAGGGUUGGGGAGAAAAGAGAUAAGGAAUAUUUUGUCAAGCAGUACAUAAUAAUUUAAAGAGAAUGUAUUUCUUUUCUGCAUUUAAGGGCCUCAAACAUUUCUCUCAUCAGCCUAAAAAUUAAAAAUACCCCCGGUGUCUUAUUAACUUGUAGUAGCAUUUCCAAUUUUCAUGUUUUGUAAUUUUUUUUCCUAUGUUCACAUCAGCAUUCACUUCCGUUAAAUUUGCCAAAGGAAACUGUUAAUAUGUUUCUCUUGUUAUUAUUCCUGUAGGAUUUAUUGUACCUCACAGUAUUUAUUGUUUCCAAAAUUAAGCAUCGUUGAGGAUUCCGUAUUUUUAUUUGUGAAAAUUUCAGAAACAAUAGAUUCUUAAAGAUAAGCUAGACGUGUCUAGGAGUUUUCUUUGCACCUCCUUCAGAGGAUGCCAUGGGGUUCAUUUAAUUCUUCCUUUGUUCUACAGUGAGGAGAGACCAAAAGUAUUUACAGUACAAAAGAAACUAUAUCAAACACUAUGUCUGUUAAAUGACAAAUGUUUACGGUAAAAAAGCUGAGGAAUUAGUGCUAACCGUUUUUUUUUGUUUUCUUGUACCUUUGAAUUCCCCAAAGUCUUAAUUGCUUUAUUUUGGUGUUGUGUUAAAUUGAAUAGACAGAGAUGUUUUCCUUUGUUUUAUACCAUAUAAGCCUCUGUACAGUAUGUUUGUGAAAGAUUGAACUAGAAUAAUGAAAGUUUGUUUGCAAACAUUUUGGUCCUCUUAGCGUUCUCUGUGUUUGUGCUGUUGCUCCGUGAACCAAGUGAUUCGGUUCCAAGAGUGGAAAAACUAUUUUUGGUAUACCAAAAGAGUAUGGAAACACUAGCUUUGGGAGUGUGCGUAGACUAAAUGACAUGUAAUUUUAUGAAAAUAAUUCAUUUUCAGCAAUUUUUUAAAGUUACACUCCUGGUUGAGAUAUAGAACUCAUCUUGUACAGAAUCAGUGUUGAGUCAGUUUAAUGUCAGUGGAAAGGUCCGAGAGCCCUAGUGAGUGAACCACGUGGCUGUCAGCAGGUCACGUCAGUCAGCAAGUGAACCAGGCUUAGAACAAAUGUUUGUUACUCGCCACAAACAAACCAGGCUGAUAUGGCUAGCCCAGUGGAACAAGUCCAGAAGAAUGAGAUUCUCAGGGUAGAAUUUCCCUUGCUUGGAAGCAUGAACGUGUUCACCUGCUUUUUGUUGGAGAAACAGCAGUGAGUCCUGGACAACAUGCCCUUUUAAGUCUCUCCCCUCUUUGCUACUACUUUUGUGCCUGAAGUGCCCACAUGUUAUGGUGGCCUUCCAAGUGGGUGAAUAACAUUUUCCAGUAUAAAGUCUAUUUGGAUGGAAGUGGUCCAUAAAAUGUCUACUCAUGCAACGUAGCGUUCUCCUAGUCCCCAGGUGUUGCUUGUUCUCGGGUGUGUGCCUCAGGGCGGUGUUUUGACUUAACUCUAAAUCUAGUUAAGACAGUGAUUCCAAGGCUGAUUUGGAAACGGGAAGGAUAAAGAGAUCAGCAUUUUAAUCACUGAGCCCUUCCUCUUUGCCCAUUCAUGCUCCUUUUUUCCCCAUAGGAUUUCCUAUUGCAAAACAGGUUCUGUCUAGCUGCCUCCCUCCUAGCUCGCUGAAAAGGAACAGGGAUGGCAGCUCUUCAUCCAAGCAGCCUUUUCCCAGUUGAUUUUAAGCAACAUUUUUGUCACAGGUACAAAAUUGGGCAGUAUCAUUCAUGUGCAUGUUCACGAGCUGGUGUUGAAAUGUACUGUUUUGAUCAUUUUAAGAUAUGUUUUUACACAUAUCAGAAAAGUUUAGUCUGCUUUGGGGAGUAUCUGUUACAGAGAGGGACAACACAGACCAAGAAUAAGGAUAGAUAAUAAGUAAUUUGGUUUUAAAAAUGUGAUAAAAAGCAUGACAUUCUUUGUUCUGCUGUUAAUUGUACUGAAAAAAGUCAAUGCAUUUCAGAUCUUAGUCCAACCACCUGUUUAGCGUGAUGCCUUUUAAAGGUGUCAGUGUGUUAAUGUCUCCCCCUCAAUGUGACACGCAUCUCUUUUGAAAUUGUUUUCUGCACAGUAGUCCUUUGUAGUGUGAUUUCUUUGGCCAUGAAUUUCCAGGCCUUUCCAGUAAGAGGAGAAAGGCACUUAACUGGUUAACAGCCUGUUAGUAUAUACAUUGCUCCUUUAAAAAAAAAAGGCAAGCUUUGAAUAUACGCAGCAUGGGCUGUUCCGCAGGCACUCUGCCCUUCUCCUCAGGAGGACCCAGGCACUAGGUUCCCACCCAGUAAAAACUGACCUUUUUCUCCCCCUCCCCUGUACACACCCCUGAUGUGUGCCAAGCAAACGAGAGCUGCAGCCCUUGGCAGUUAAAACAGAAAGAAGCCAGUAACCAGAGUGAGACAGACUUGCUGCUAGCUGCUAACAGUGGACCUGAGCGGUCCUGACUUGUGCUUGGUCUUCAGUGGUGGGUGAGACUGACUAACAGUAAAUAAUGCUCAGCUGUCAUGAGACACUCUACAUCUGCUCUCAUAAGAAACAAAUCAUCCUGAAGAAACUUUCUUUGAUCUUAUGGACACACUCCUUUUCUGGAGAACUUUUUAAAAUUAUGACAAAUUUGUUUUGAUUUUGUAUUUUUUUUUAAAUCACUUCUGUUCUCCCCAACUUGGAAUAUUUAAAUGAGAGAAUGUUGCUUUUCCAGCUCAUUCUUUGUUUUCCUAAUGAAAGGGGUAGAAAUGCAUAAGGAGGGCAGUAAAAGGCAGGAGCCAAAAAGGCUGGAGGGAAUCACAGUUUUUAAAGGGAACUGAGGUAUACGAAGCAGAGCACAGGGACCUGCCCUGGUUUGAAGGUAACUCGAAGAGAAAAUAGUGAAUGCAAUGAAAGUGUAUGUUCAAGAGAAAAGUCUAGUGCAACUCAGCCUAGCAGUGGGUGGGUGUGUCUCCACCAGUGCCCUCCAGAUCUCCCCAUGACUCGUGCGCGGCACUGAACCCCGGUCUGAGGAGGGCGGGAGGAGGAAAACAAGGAUGCUGCGUGGAAUAGCUCGGCCAGGCUGGCCAGGAAAGCCAGCUAGAGCAGCUGUGUGUGUGUGUUGGGGUGGGGGUGUAGUUCAUUUUUUCUUUUCUUCAUUUUCCUUUUUUCUUUUUUUUUGGAGUGGGAAGUAAUGCUAGAGUCCCUUAGGGAGCAACAAUAUCCAUUGGGUCCUCUAGGUUAUAGUAAAGGCCAGUGGUCAAACCAAGCUCCACUUGUGACAAGUGGAGCUGAAGUGAGUGGUUCCCAGCACAGACCUCUUUAUCCAUCAUUACCUUGGCUUGCCCCUGUAGCUGUGGUUGUAAUGCUGUUUGGCUAAAGAUUUCUUGAUCAAAAUGUGAGCUCAUUCGCCUUCCUAGGAAGCAUCAAAGUAACUUUUCUGUUUUCAUAUUUUCCCUCCAAGCAGAACCCUGUGUGGUAGGUAGUCUUGCCCGUGUUAGCAUUAAGGCCGUAUCGGAUCUGUCCCAAUUUAUUUCCCUAUUUCCUCCAGUUGGAAAGUUGCUCACUGUAAACGGCAAUUUUCCUUUAGCAUUAUGUAAAUCCAGCUCCAAAACUGGCUAGUGAAUCAACCUAACGUCCCUCCGGCCCAGCCCUCAUCCUUCCCUGUGUCCUCCUGUCAUCCUCAUUCUUCCCACAUCUGGCACAAAAUGAUGUUUAUGAUCGUUCGGCAAUAACUGGACAUCAAGUACUGUCUUUUUGGCAUUCGCUGAAAAAUCCAUAACCAAUAAUGGGUUUGAAAAAAAACUAAGCCGUUUUACAAGUGCACAGAAUUGGAUCAGCAUCAUCGUUCAUUAUAAUGCUAUAUAUAUUUUUUGAAGUAACGUACUAUAGUUGUCAUAAAACUAUCUUUAUUCCUCUCCUCUGAAGUGUUGUUGUAAAUUCAUUUGACCUCUACUGCAAAAAAAAAAUCUUCUUUUCUGUAUAGAGUAUCAAGACAAGGCUCCGUUUGUAACAAAUAGUGGACCAUUACAGAAGAGGAAGGGGAACAGCCAGGCUGAGCAGCGAGAAGCUUCAGUUCAAUUUCACCUCAUAUCUUUCUAAUAACUUACUUGUCACUUUAUUACCUUCCAGUAAUGUGAACGCUGCUGACAAGACUGUCACACUAACAGCAGACAACACCCUCUCCGCUUCAGCCCCAGCUCUCCUGGCUACUUAUUGCCCUGGCCCUGAAGGGACACAAACUAAUAGUGUGCUUUCCAGUUCAGCACUUGGCCAUCAAAUAUAAAAGGAUGCGUAAUUGCCUGUUUAUCCCUUGUGAAGGGGAAAUUGAGUACAAGGGCUAGGCUUUCCGUCCGAGUUCCCUGAUGUACACACACAUUCACAGUCCGUCUCUCUUUCUCUAUCCCCUCCUUCCUCCUCCAGCUUUCUCCUUCCCUCCUCUCCCAACACAUGAGCACGUACACACACCUACUAAACUAUAUCUCUGGGAAGCCCAAGGCUGCCUCCAGGUGCCCUCUCCAGCUAUUAAGUGGACAGGAACAAGACUACUUAGGUAAGGGUCAGUAGAGGGAUGCUGGCUGUGACGGCAUUUGUGUCUGGAAACUGAAGCACUGCAGCUCCAUGCCCAUGCACUUGGGGGGUCCCGAGUGUGGCCCUAUAAUUACAGCAAAAUUUCUGCCAGUCAGUGGCAAAAGUGGGAUCAGAUCGCCCCAUAUUCUGUAAGAAAAGAACUAAAAUACUUGACUUCCCCUUUAAAAAGUGCACAUGGUGUAAACAAAUUGGCUGUGCAUGAUGGUAAGAAAAGUAAUUUUUUUUUGUUUUGGCAUCCAACCAUUCGCCUAAAUAUACUGAUGUAUUUUGCCAUGACAACCUCCGAAUCCAUAGGGUAACAAGACAGAUUAACUUUUGUUUAACUGGACUGACAAUCUGAAAAAUAUUAGAAGGCACGGAGAUCCUCACUGUAAUCACUAAAACAGGAAUGGCCCUAUCUGUAAAAGGUUAAGUUCUCCACUUUGGGAGAACUGUGGUAAGUACAAGUUCGUGAGCUUUACGAAAUCAAGUGACGAGGGGACAAAAAGUACAAAGGACGAUCACGUGAUGGUAUUACAUUCCCAAACCCUGAGCCCAAAUAACGGCACAGGUACUGGCUGCUCUUGUUGUCUCCUGAACUAAUUAAAGGGUGGUUCAGAAGCGCUAGGUGGUGAUGAAAGGAAGUGCAAGACCUGUGGUGCGUCUCCCUUAAUGGAACUAGGGGACUCCACGCUUCCUUCUCACCCGCCGGCAGCAGGUCUGGAAGAAGCUGUUGAACCGCUUUGAACAGUCAUGUUUCAAAUAUGUUUGUCAAUCAAAUAAGACACACGUGGGUGUCAUCUUUGAUGCAAACUUCUGGAAAGAGAAAAGCUGCAGAUCUAGACAACUUAACAGGUCUAUGUUGACAAACCUGUGCUAAAAUAAUCUCAUAACCCAGUGUGAGGGCUGGGAAGAAAAGCACUUUGAGCAAGGAUAUCUUGGGGUCAAAGAAAAAGCAGUUGACUUGAUUUUUUUUUAAGUUCCUCCAGUAUGUAUAUAAAGUGGUCAUUUAUCAAACAUCUUAAUAGAAUCUUAAUUAAAAAUUAAGUUGCCAAAAUUGCACAGGUUCUGCUAAUAUUAGCUUCCCCCUCCUUAACAGGGGUGCUAAGGACAGUUCUAACUUUUUUUUAAAGUUUUUUUAGCUUCCUCUUUUGAAGAUUCUUUGAAGGCAAAGAAGAGCAGAAAAAAGGUAUUUUAACAAAAAAGGAAAGUAGAUAGUAUAAAAAUAUAUUUCUUGAAGAGAGAGUAUCUAAGCACUAUACCAAGACUUUAUAAGGCUUCCUUGUUGCCAAAUGUGAUGUUGAAAUAAUGCACACUUAAGAUGGCAAAUCAAUCUAUUACGAAGUGGCUCUGCCCACUUGUUACGGAGCUCAAGGACUGAGGGGACUCUGGGGAGACCCUGGAUGUGAGAGCUCCAUUCAUCUGGCCCUGGAAAUGUUCUCCACAAGGCGGGGAGAAAACCCCAGCCCUCUUGGUAGCCCCCCUUCCCAAGGCGAGCUGACCUGGCACUGUUUCCCGGGAGCCUCCUGCCUGCCCGCACGGCGCUAGCGGACAAAGCCUCCCCCACCCCGCCUCCAAGUCGGUGCUGUAGCCCUGAGAAGCACUGAUUCAAGAGGUAUGACGCUCCUGAUGCCCAGACAAUGUGCUGAGUUAAUAGGUUCACUUGAGAUGUAUAAACCAAGGCCGAUUGUUUAUUUUUUCUUUCAUCUAGUACUCAAUUUGGAGCAUUUUUGCAUGUCUUUGUACAGAGUAAUCCAUUCCUCUCACUGCCCAUCUUAAUCUCCCUGAAUUUCCAUUAUCUCUUCACUCCUACCCUUUGUUCUUCUAUCUCCCCUACCCUCUCCAAAAAAUAUCUUUUCUGAAGCAAGAAGGUAGAACACUCCCUCCUUCAUCUGGAUUUUGAUCGCUUUGGAAACGUGUGUCCUACCCUGUCCAGGGUUUAUAUAACGUGAAUUAAGUGAAUGAGAUGUUCUAGUAUUAUAUAUUAACCUGAUAUGACUAAGAUUGAUAAUUUAUGGUGCUCUCCCUUUCCUGUGCAAACUCUGGUUCAGCUGCCAUGCAGAGAAGUCUUACUUUUUUCCUACCAAUGCCAGUAUGAGCAGGGCAGGGAAGCUAAAUGUGGGUACUUGGAGGUCAGAGGGGCAAGAAAGGUGGAAACACCAGAAGACUUUGAUCUGAGGCCACCACCCUGGACCUUUCCUCAAAGGUGGAGGCUAGUCGGGGCUUCAGGAAAGAAAGCUCCCCGUUCUCUACUGCCGAUAGCGGACUAGUCCUCAAGAAAUAGCAACAGCCCUCACGUGGUUGAGAGAACACAUAACCUUCUUAACUCACCCCAAACCCACUGGUGGGUCUCAAUAACAAACACGCCGGACUCACCCUGCGUAUCUGACAGCAGAAGUGGCCGAAGGGAACUGAAAUAUCUUGAGGAAAAGGAAUUUUCCUCAAGAUAUGACCCUCUCCCUCCCCUAAAGUUUGGGGGUUUAUGUUUUUGUUUCUGUUCUCAUCUGCAUCAGAUCAGCCUCUUCUGCUCAGCCUGUCACAGAGCCACAGUGUGUACUACGCGAGGGAGCUGCACCAAGGGACGGGGACAGCUCGCAUCCCCCGAUCGUGUCCUUGUGCCGUCGGUAGCUUCAUACAUACUGUAUGUACCUUGAACAAGGGUUUUGUUUCUGUUUUGCUUUUUGGUUUGUUUUUAUUAGUAGCCUAAGGGAAUUAAGUUUUUUAUUUACAUUUUCCUUUGUUGUAUUUUCUGUACUAUAACUGUCUACAGUAUGUCUUUUGCAUAAAAUGCAUAAGGGUUCGGGGAUGUAAAUGGAAUUUUAUUCAUAUUUUGUCCAAAUACCUCUUGUAAUUUGUAUCAAAAUUCUUGUACAAUUUUUAUAUUAAAGAUUUAUCAGUCACUGA